CUCUCUCUCUCUCUCUCUCUCUCUCACACACACACACACACACACACACACCGUCUCAGAUGCACACACGCAGGAAAGAGGAGAAAGCCAGCAAGGAGAACCAGCAAGGAGAACCAGCGGCGACGCGAUGGGGAUAUUCUGCCUGCGUGGGCUCUGUCGCUGAGGCGUCCGGAGUUCAGUCCCAGUGUGUGUGUGCGUGUGUGUGUGUGUGUGUGUAUGCGUGUGUGAGUGUGUGUAUGCAUGCGUGAGUGAGCGUGUGUGUGAGAGAGAGCCCCUGCUGACACCGUGCGGAGAAAGGGGAACAGAGGACAGCGGGUGUAGAGGAGGAAAAGAGAGGGGGAGUGUUGACUCUGACGGGGGCUUAGAGGGAACGUCACACCACUGGAUCAGAGGACGCCAAUGUGCAACAACUACUCCAACUACUGCUGCUUCGCCUGCGUGCCGCCGCCUGUCCGUCCUCUUAACUUCUGCCAUGGCAUAGCCUCCUCGUGCAGCUCGCCUCUAAUCCGCCAAGGAAACGGGCAUGCAUGGGCACAACCAGGGAUCUAGACUAUCGCAUCCUUUACGUCAGUAAUUCACAGUCUGAGGAAACAUGGUGAGCAAGGAGGGUGGCAAAUGUAUGCUCACCAACUCAGAGUCUGACUCGGAGGCAGCCCCCUUGCCGUCCACCUCGCUGGCACUUGAGGUGAAGUAUUCCCUGGAAGCCAGUCGGCAGGUGAGGAAGAGGAACAAGGCCCUGCAAGUGCGUUUCAAGGAUAUCUGCGAGGCACAGAACGAGCAAAGGGAGGCAGAGUUGCAGGCGGCGGGGAAAGGUGGCAAGCCUAUCUCAUACAAAGUGGCGUACCGCAAGUACAUGACUGUCCCUGCCCGCAGAUCCAUCCCGAACGUCACGAGGAGCACGGGCGUGCAGACAUCACCUGACCUCAAGAAACGCUAUCAGACUUUUCCGUUUGAGCGCAAAAAAGGCCACACCUAUAAAGACGUGGCGGCUGUGGAAACUUAUAAAGGUCAGAAUAACGGUUUUGUCAUGGAGGUGAAGCAGUCCAAGGCUGCUGAGCAGGGUUUAGAUGAGGAGGAGGAGGAGGGAGCCUGCGGGGGGAGUGGAGUCCGGAGGACCAGGGCUCUGCUCCAUACUAAUGAGUGCAUUGCCACAGUGGAGCAGCACACUGCACCUGAUGGCCUGUGCUCUGACGCUCUGCUGCUCAGUUGCUCUGCAGACACAGACUGCCUUGCAGACACAUCGAGAGGAAGUGGAGCCGGAGCACAGGCAGAGUACCAGCUCUGCAGUGUCCCAUCGAAAGCCAGGACAGGAUUACAACACAAGGAGGCCGAUAUAGGCUUGGUCAAGAGGCAGCUGCUCAAUCUGGAGGAGGGCUCAUCCCGAACCCUGCCGGACAGGGCCUCCAGGGUUUCGGGCCCCAUCUCCUGGAACUCCCUAACGCAGGUGGAGUGCCUGGACAGCCCAUCUGUGAGGAGCAAGCGGAAGAAAGGUCUCCAGCUCAACGGGCUGCAGAGUGAGACACUACCACGUUCCAGUAGAGGCUGUACAACACAGGCACAGUGCCACACAGGACAGCUAUCUGCUCGGCCUCUAAGGGACAUGGAGGAGCCUCUGUCGCCCUGCAGAGGUGGUGAGGCUGGUGGAGCACCGCCCGACCCAACACAGGAGGCCUGUAAGCAAAUAGUGCCUAUGAAUCCGGACAAGGAUGUUAAAGAACAGCUGCAGGCCAUGGAAAAUCUCAUCAGCUCCAGCCAGGAGACCAUCAAGGUGCUUUUGGGAGUCAUCCAGGAAUUGGAAAAGGGGGAGGCUCACAGAGAGGGACUCUCCUAUCGAACCGGACAGGACACGGCCAACUGCGACACAUGCCGGAACAGCGCAUGCAUUAUUUACAGUGUGGAGCUGGACUUCAAACAGCAGGAGGACAAGCUGCAGCCGCUGAUGAAGAGGCUUUGCCCCACGGACGACGGCCAUUUCGCCCCCCUGCCUUACCCCCAGGAGGCCUUCACCUCCACCCCGAAACGCAAGUCCAAAGCUGACUCCAAGAAGCACGCUCGCUGGAAACUUUGGUUCCUGUGAGAACACAGAACCGUCUCCUCCCCCCCCUGAUGCAGACACACAGGAUUACUGCACCCCGACGGUCGUCCAUAUUUGUUUGGUUUAUUCAUCAUCCUCCGUUUUUGAAUCACAUCUCCUUGGCUUUUUCUAGACUUAUUAACCAGUAUUAAAGGAGAGCUCCAUCACUGGAUACUGAACCGCCUCUCAGAGACGACGGGAUGCGUAACGGGUGGAUUCCGUGGAAAAUUCUAAAUGACACGCAUACCAAAAAUGGAUUCUGAGUUAUUUUGAACUAAUUUUCUUCAAGCGGGGUGUGAAAUUACACCCGGGCAACAUAUUUGGAGAUCAGCAAGGUGAGAAGAUGAAUUUGAUUUCCGUCUGUCUAUUUGCAUAUAUUUUUCUAGAAGACGUCCACUGGGCCCCUGUUCUACGGCACUGGUUCAGUGAUCGUCACGUUUCUAUUCGCCAGUUGGGACUUUUCUUGCCAGCCUCCAGGAGAGGCUGCCGGUCCGACCGCAAUGUUCUGAAAACUACAACAACUGCAUAAGCACAAUUAACACUGUUCAGGAUACAUUUUCUCCAGAAUAAUUAAAUAGAACUAUUUUGAGUAUUGAACUCAUCAUACAUGUAGAUCAACUACUAACUGUGACAGAUUGAAGACUUUGGUCGUAUCUGACGAAGAGAUGUAAAGGAGAGAGAAGAAGUUUAUCAGUAGUACUUCGAUCACCUUUCUAUCAAUUGCUAAAAUGUCUCCUUGAACUGACUUUGAAGCAGAGAAUGAAUAAAUAACACUUAUUUUCUUAAUAACA